CGUCUCUUUCUCUGUUUUCUGAUCCGCCCGCUCCUACACAUAGCAUGGUCACUGCAAAUCACGUAUCCCAGCUAUGCAUUCAUUGCCAUCAGAAACCGAGAUACAAAGAUGGAAACACCACCCAUCCGUACUGCAGUAAAACAUGCGCGAAAGCAGACAGCAAGCUCUGUACAGUUUGCCAUGCUAGACCCAAGUUCGGAAAUCACAACUAUUGCGGCAAGACAUGUGCUCAUAAAGCCAGUUCAAAUGGCGGAUCGAAACAUCCGGUCAAGGACGAGUGUCUGAUGCGCUGCGGAAAGCCUUGCUGCGGCAAGUUUCACUUCUGCGGCAAGAAAUGUGCGACAGAGGCGGAGAAGAAGGCUCCGACGCUUCUCGAGAUCCCCAAGGACCACGCGGCAUAUAAGAGUGUCAGUCACCAAUUCCAAGCUACCUGGAAACACGGCACACCAUGCCCCGCUGUGCAAAGAAUAUACCACGUCGUUUCCACAAGCUCCGCUGGUAAGAAGUAUAAGGAUUAUCGCGCCGCGGUAGAGGGCAGAGGAAAAUUCACACAGAAAGGUAUGGCCGAGGGGAAUGAAUCGCGUCGUUGGCACGGCACAAGGCGGGCGUGUAAGCUAGGGGAUAACGGACACACUACACUUUGCACCAGCGCCAACUGUUCUCUUUGUGCCAUUUUGCGCACAUCGUACAUGAUCAAAUUCGUGGGCUCGAAUACUGGCUGGGGAAGGUUUGGUCGCGGGAUUUACACGUCUUCAACGUCCUCUAAGUCGAACGACUAUGUAAAGAACGCUACAGCAUCUACUUCAAAGGCAAUGCUCCUCAACAAGGUCGUAGUUGGCAAGGGAUACAAGACCCACACCGACCAACCCUCGCUCACAGCACCUCCCGCAGGACAUGACUCGGUCCUAGCAGAGCCAGGAAUGUCUCUGAACUACGACGAGCUGGUGGUCUACCAGGAAGAGGCAAUUCGACCCGCGUACCUGGUUGUUUACGCCUGAGCGGAGAUCACAAUAUUUGGCACACGAACUUCGAAGGUCG